AAUGCGCAGCGGGGUCGGCGCAGGCAGACAUUGCUCGGCAGCACCCAACGUCAGCUACAUCUCCGCAAAUUGGACCAAAAUUUAGCGUUAAGUGCCCUCUCGCCGCCUCCAUUCCCAAAGCCAAGCCACACUGGAAUACUAAAGAUGAUUUUACACGCCAGAUUAGCAUUAUGAGAUGGAAGGCACAUAGGACAAGAAGAUGAGAAAGACGACCAAGACACGGUCUUCUGAAAGCUCUGCUGCUGCCGAGCGUUUGGCCGACUACAAAGGAGAUCCAGGGAAGUCAGCUGAGCUAGCCUCGCUCCAACUCCCUCUCACAUCUACACACACACAACGCAAGCAAUGAUGCAGUGUACGGCUGUUGCAGCCCCUUGCUGCUGCUGCUGUUGUGGAGUUAGAGAAGUUUCUUCUUUUUUGAGGAGGAUUUCGAGGCUUUGAUUUUGGUGACUUGUGCCAAGUCCAAGCCUCCCUCGGUGGCUACUCCCGAUGCAACUAGGGGACUUCGUGCUUACAAUCCUACAUGUCGUCUGGCCUCCCAGCUUUCGACGCUUAAUGCUCCAAAACAAAUUGUGUGUUGGCCUCUAUCUACUUCCCAGACAUCCCUUGACAGCGUCGUAAUGUUCUCACAGUUUGGUAGUGGAGGUGGGUGCUUGGCAGGGGAAGAUCAAGGCGGUGGUGGGUGCUGCAGCAGUGGUGGUGGAGGCGGUAAUUCUGACAAUCCUCCAGCCUCCAGCCUCUCUGCUGCCAACAGUGGGGGCGGUUGUGGUGGAAGCGGCUCGCAGCUUAGUUCACAAAAGGACGGAUCUCACAACACACAACCUGCCACUGCCAACCAACACACUUCCUCUGCCUCUUUACCAAAAGAUCUUGGCAUAAAGGGCAUGAAGGAAAAACAGAAGUCCUCCACAGGGUUGUUGGGUCCUGGCGACAGCACUCAAGCGAAAGUUGUGAGGGUCGUAGAGCACGACUCAAAACCCAGAAUUACAAUAAAGAAGAACAAGCCUAUUCAAGCUGAUUUAGAUGUGUCCAAGGAGUUCAGUAGAUGCAAGGAUGAUGGAGCUCAGCGAUUGGACCUUAGCAACUCUAGUAUCAGUCACUUGCCGGCAUCUGUGCAAAACCUCACACACUUGGUGGAAUUUUAUUUAUACAGUAACAAGCUGGUUACAUUGCCUCCUGAGAUUGGACAUCUGGUUAAUCUUCAAACACUCGGCUUGUCAGAGAACUCUCUAACAUCAUUGCCAGAUACCUUAGCUAAGUUGGAGAAAUUACGAGUGCUCGACUUACGUCACAACAAGCUGAAUGAGAUUCCCGAUGUGGUGUAUAAAUUAACUUCUCUCACAACAUUAUUUCUCAGGUUCAACAGGAUCAAGGUUGUUGGUGAAGACAUCAGGAACCUCAAAAAUUUGAUAACAUUAUCAUUACGUGAAAACAAGAUUCGUAAACUGCCUGCAGGCAUUGGAGAUCUUACAGGAUUGGUAACUUUGGAUGUGGCCCACAACCAUCUUGUACACCUGUCUGAGGAGAUUGGUAAUUGUAUAUGUCUGCAGACACUUCAUCUUCAGCACAAUGAGCUCUUGGACUUACCACAAUCCAUUGGAAACUUAAAAAACCUCACCUGCUUGGGACUCAGGUACAACCAGUUGACUGCUGUCCCUCGAUCACUAAGCAAGUGCAUCAACCUAGAUGAAUUUAACGUUGAGGGUAACCAGAUUUGCCAGCUUCCAGAGGGCUUGCUUAGUUCUCUGUCUAAUCUUUCAUCCCUCACACUCUCACGAAAUUCCUUCAACUCGUAUCCAGUUGGAGGACCAUCUCAAUUCACUAACGUUCACUCUAUCAACCUGGAGCACAACCUUGUGGACAAGAUACCUUAUGGCAUCUUCUCCAGAGCCAAGUACCUCACCAAGCUCAACAUGAAUAAUAAUAAGCUCACGUCGCUUCCGCUUGAUAUCGGGUCAUGGGUAAACAUGGUGGAACUAAACUUAGGCACAAAUUAUUUGACCAAAAUACCAGAUGAUAUAUCACAUUUACAGAACUUAGAGGUUCUUAUGUUAAAUAACAAUCAUCUCAAGAAAAUUCCCUCAAGUAUAGGCAAUUUACGGAAGCUUCGUCUGUUGGAUCUUGAAGAGAAUCGGCUAGAAGGACUCCCACCCGAGAUUGGUUUUCUGAAAGACCUUCAAAAGCUUAUAGUCCAAUCCAAUCAGUUAUCAGUUCUACCCCGAGCAAUUGGACACUUGAUGAAUCUGACUCACCUGAGUGUAGGAGAGAACAACUUGAGUUACCUGCCAGAAGAGAUUGGUACUCUGGAGUCUUUGGAGACACUCUAUAUCAAUGACAAUCCCCUGCUGCACAACCUUCCCUUUGAGCUGGCUCUCUGCACAAACCUGCAGAUUAUGUCUAUUGAAAAUUGCCCUCUAAGUCAGAUACCUCCUGAGAUUGUGGCUGGCGGCCCAUCUCUUGUUAUCCAGUUUUUGAAGAUGCAGGGUCCAUACCGCACAAUGUGAGGAAAGUCUCUCUCUCCUGUUGAAGUCAUAAAUGGAAGUACGAGUAGGCAUGCAUCACGAUAAGAGCUUUUACAGUGGCUGCUGUUUCUGGGAAUUGCUUCAACUCUCCUGCAGCGCCUAUGUUGUUCCCGCUGCUGCUACUACUACCACACCCAAAAAUUCAAAAUGCUGCUUGUGAUUCUGGGUGGUGCAGUAGCUGGAUGUCCAUGUUGUUCCACAGUGUGACACUACAAGUAACAGGCUGCCCAUAAGUAUGGUACCUUCCAGCCUUCUGUGUCAUUGGCUGACUGAAGAGAAAACAUUGGAUAUAUGUUAGGGAUUCAGGCUCCUCUGUGAAAUGUGAUAUUAUGCUUUUCUUGUUAGGUAUAAGUGUGUGUGACCAGGCCAGUGGAGAAAUUGCUGGUGAUGUGUACCUGGGCCUGGUAUGGUCGUGCAGAGGAUGCCAAGCAUGGUAUGGGGCUGUGAUGGGUUGCAAAGGAAGCCCCAGCUAUCCAUCUUGGCUAAGGUGCAAUGGACAUAAAAUAUAAAACAUAUAUAAAAAUAUAUAAAAACAUUAAAAUGGGAAAAAAAGUAGGAGAAUGACCACCACCUAUCCAUUCUGGCCGAGUUGAACGGUAGUUUCUGGUGUCACAAGUGGGAACUUAUAAAAGCCAAACUCCAACACUGCCAGCUACCUAUCUUGGCCAUGAUGUAUGGUGUAUGGUCAAACAAGCGUGGUAUGGGACAGCUGCAAUGUGAGGAGGUCCCCCACUCACCACUGAUGAUAGCAACCCAAGAGGAAAAUGCUUGUGUUCAAUGUCAGAUGUUGAUUGUGCAUGUGCAUCUGUGGCAUGCACAGUGUGAUACAAGGUAGCCCUGGUGGUAUGACUCUGGUCUCCCCCCUAUACAAUGCCAUUCACUGACCAUCAGUCGGUAGUCAUGUGUGACUUCUCCCCCUGCUCCACAUUGAUUAUCAGAUAGUUACUGGAUGAUGUUGAAGCAGUGCCAACCACUGGUCCCACCUUCACACUGUGCUGCGUGUGUGCAUGUGUGUUCUGGUGUAUAUAUGUAACAUGAGCCUGCUACUGGGUUGCUUCAUGCCAAUGCUGAUUUAUCCUCUCGUGACAUUGCUGCCUCCCAAACCAUCGCUUUGGUGUGUCUGCGAGUGUCUUUUUGUAUGUAUAUUGUAGUGAGUGUUAACUGUCACAGAAAUUACACAACAAAUUCUGUGUGGAUGUGAAUAUCAGUAUUUUCUAGAAAGGCCUGAUUUGCUUUGCCAUGUAAAUAUUUGCUUUAACUAACUCAGUCCAGGAAUAAUAUGUGAUGGACUAAUAUGUGAAAAUAAAAACAAUUUAUCAUACUUUGCUUCCUGUGCCAAGCUAAGGCUUCUUUUUUUAUAUUUGUAACUUUUUUUUUUAAAUUAUUAUUUUUGAAGCCAACUGAUGAGACUUAAGUUUGGUGGCGACAAUGGACCAGUGUGUCUUGUGGUAAUGAAAUGAGCUUUGUUUGAUACAACCUUAUCAUGUGUUGGUUGUAUUAAAUAAAGUGUUUAGCCACAAAUAUUUUGGUUACCAGCAGGUGGAUGACCUCUUAUGGCACCACGUGUUGGGAAUUUACCACCCAUAUAACUCCCACCAGUAAUAAAUGACUAACUUGGCAAGGAAGGUCAGAGAACGUACAUUCUUUUAACAUUACUACAAACCUCCAUUCCCCACAGAGGCUCAUUGGUGCUCUACAACUAGAACCUCGUCCCCUUCCGAUAUUUAAAGGUGGAUGGGUAUAUCGGACAAGGAAAAUGUGAUGGCACAAUGCUACACGAAAAUCUUUAGAAGUAAUCCAAGAUGGAUUACAUGGGCAUAAAGUGUUAUUAUGCAAGUUAAUAAUGAAGCCUUUUGGCACAACAAAGACUUGAUUACAGUACAGUAUGUGGUGCAAGGCAAUGUGGGCAUUAGGUCAGAGAAAGGUGAAAGCCUGGUUAAAGGUAUUUGGAAGCAGAGCUCUUUGAAUUGAUGGCCAACUGACAUGCCCUUUGCACAUUUAGUUGGCUUGAACUGGACAAUGUUGUACACUACAGUGUUCACGUUGCUGCUCUGGAGAUUGACGUUUUAUCUUCAAGAACUGCAAGGCAGUUAGGUUUUAGUGUACUUCAGUGACUGCUGCUGCAAACUCCUUGAAGCAGCUGUGAAUAAUAACCUAGUCAGUGUCCUGUGGGAUGUUGUGCCUGUAGACUUGUCUGUCACUGGUCUAAGACACCUCCCACACCAUCCAUUGCUUUGUAGCUAGGCGCUGAUUAACCUCAAGGUUCCAGCGCCAGGCCCUGGGCCUAAACCUCAUCAUAAUAAUGCUUUGUAGCCUCAAACCCCACAGAAAUAACCAAUGCUUAUUACUCAAAUGGACAUGCUGUGUAUCGGUCGCCUCUCAAAAAUGUUACUCAAUAAACCUGUAGGUGAAA